AUGAUGAAGCAACUCAACCCGAGCGAAGUCCAGCGCCUUCCGGACAAACUCCUCGGCCAAAUCAUUCACAAUCUCCAAUCCUUCCCCAACGAGACGGUCGACUUCCGCCAGCCCCACCUCCGCCAAUCUUUAUCGGAAGUUUUCCCGCUCUUUCUCGUCCUCUAUGGCUUGCUGGUGAUCCUUGGCACAUCCGGGAACGUGGCCAUGAUCCUGCACAUCCUGAGGGGUCGUGUGUAUAAAGACCCCACCUGCGCCUACGUCAUGAACAUCGGCGUGUGCAAUGUGGUGAUGAGUGUGGUUCUCUUGCCCGUGUCCUUGGCCAUUCUCCUCAUUCAGAACUGGAUCUUUGGCAGUUUCCUGUGCUACUUCGUGCCCAUGUUGCAGGUAUGUUGA